AUGAUUUAUUUUCGAUUGGUAUUAGCUACUACCACUACUCAAACUACUACAACUAUUCAAACUACUACUAUUACUACUCACACUACUACUACUACUACUACUACUACUACUACUACUACUACUACUACUACUACUACUACUACUACUACUACUACUACUACUACUACUACUACUACUGAUCUAUUUCUGUCUGUUAACUAG